AUGGCUUCACAAAAGCCCGUGAUCAUUGUCGGCGCUGGCCUCGCGGGCCUCGUCGCAGCAUUUGAACUUUCCGAGCGUAAGAUUCCUGUGCUUCUACUCGACCAGGAAAAUGAGCACAACCUCGGCGGACAGGCCUUUUGGUCGCUCGGCGGUGUUUUCAUGGUCGAUUCUUCGUAUCAGCGCAGAAUGGGCAUCAAGGAUUCGCGGGAGUUGGCGAUGAGGGAUUGGAUGGGCUCCGCGCGCUUUGAUCGCGAGGUGGAGGAUCACUGGCCGCGCCAGUGGGCAAAGGCCUUUGUGGACUUUGCGGCUGAUGAGAUGGAGGAUUAUGUCAAGGCGCGAGGGCUCGGGUUUUUGUACAAUGUUGGUUGGGCUGAGAGGGGUGACGGGACUGCCGAAGGCCAUGGGAAUUCCGUCCCAAGAUUUCACGUCAGCUGGGGCACGGGACCAGAGGUGGUGAGGGUCUUUGCUGACCCUGUCAAGAAAGCUGCAGAGAAGGGUAUCGUGACUUUCAAGUUCAGACACGCGGUUGAUGAGUUGAUCGUCGAUGAGUCCGGACGAGCCGUUGGAGUUAGAGGCCGGAUUUUGGAAGACGACGAUGCUGCGCGUGGAAUCAAAUCCUCACGGGUUGAGAAGGAGAAGUUUGAAAUUUACGGCUCAGCGGUUGUUGUUUCUUCGGGUGGUAUUGGAGGGAACGUCGACGCUGUCAAAGCUGCAUGGCCUGUCGACAGGUUGGGUCCCAAAGUACCAGAGACCUUUGUCGUUGGCGUUCCGGCGCACGUCGAUGGUCGUAUGAUCGGUAUAUCAGAAUCCGCCGGCGCCAACGUCAUCAACCGUGAUAGAAUGUGGCAUUACACCGAAGGUCUUCAGAACUGGAACCCCAUCUGGCCGGACCACGGCAUUCGAGUUCUCCCAGCACCGUCAUCUCUGUGGCUCGAUGCAAACGGCAAGCGACUACCGCCCUUCCUCUACCCGGGUACAGACACCAUGGCGACGCUGAAGUAUAUCUGCAGCACAGGGUAUGACUACACAUGGUUCAUCCUCGACCAAAGCAUCAUCGCCCGCGAAUUUGCACUCUCUGGCUCAGAACAGAACCCCGACGUUACGGGGAAGAGUAUAUGGAUGCUACUCACUAGAGUCUUUGGCAAGAAAGGCACUGUCCCCGUGCAGAACUUCCAAAAGCACGGCAAGGAUUUCGUCGUCCGUGAUAAUCUGGAAGAUUUAGUGGUUGGCAUGAACGAACUUGCCAAAGCCCGCAACGGCCCUCUGCUGGAAUACGACGCCAUCAAAGGAGUUGUCGAAGCCCGCGAUGCCCAGAUGGACAACCCGUACUCCAAAGACGCACAGGCGAUGCUCAUCAACAACGCAAGGACAUACUGGCCCGACCGUCGCAGCCGCGUUGCCCCACCGCACCGACUCCUCGACAAAGCCCACGGACCGUUAAUCGCAGUCCAGAUGAAUCUGCUGACACGCAAGACGCUCGGCGGAAUCGAGACGAACCUCGACAGCAACGUCAUGCGAGCAGACGGGACUGCGUUCCCGGGGCUAUACGCCGCUGGUGAAGUUGCAGGUUUCGGUGGAGGUGGUGUCCAUGGGUAUAAUUCUCUUGAGGGGACGUUUGUAGGAGGCUGCAUCUUUUCUGGACGGGCUGCUGGGAGGGCUAUCGUUCGUCAGAUCCUGGGUGAGAGCGAUGAUGCUGGGGCCGAGAAUGGGAAGCCUGUAAGUUCUCGUCUCUGA